ACUCGGUAUUACACUCUUAUGAGUAUUUUCUCAUAUUUACAUAUACUGUGAAGUAAACUGUGUAUACAUCCGUCUUCUGCUUACAUUAUCCCAAACCCUCCCACUACACUGAAAUACAGUAAAUAAUACACAAAUCUAACUAACCUUAUUUCUCUAUACAUUUAUGCACCUGUGUCUGUGUGUGUUUUGUUCUCUACUGUCCUCGUGCACUGCUGGUAGCUUUGUGUCAAUCUAAUGAUCUUAAUGUAAUCCUUGACUAAUGAGAUUACAGAACACAGCUGUGAUAUUGUAUAGGAGCAAGAGACUCUGAGCAUCACUCUAACAAAUCCAAACAGGACAACUACAAAUGGCUACACUUGACCCAUGAGACCAACAGGAGAAAAGGGAAAGCCAGUAUGCUACCCAACAACACAACAAAUGUGAAGCAGAGGUCUAAAGAAUCACAGGUCUUCUAUAAGGUAUGAUUGCUGCUUCAAGGUUACAUUGAGCAAUGGUGUGGCUCUUAUCUCUCUCCUUGGUGCUGGCCACACUGUUUCACUGUUCACCUGGAAACAUUAUCAGGGCCACCUCACCCUCAUCCAUCAACUCUGACCAUGUCCCACUCCCUUUAUUCUCUAACUCCCUCAGCACCACCUCCAACAUGGGUACAACAACCCCCAAGCUUACCACAACACAACAGACAGGGACAGACAUCCUUCUGCCUGCCAGCGGUAUGCAGGUGCCAGGAAACAGGAUGACAAGUAUGGAGGACUUAGAUGGGGCAUUGGUUGGCACAUCAUAUGGCAGUGAUGAGUCUAUGGAUGAUAGUGGACUUGGGGACACAGAUAUAAUAGAAAGUCAACAAGAGACAACUGCCAGCACACUUGUUAUCAAUUCUGCGGCUGGAAAUGAGGAGAAGAAAGCGAAGGAACUUGAAGUGCAUUCCUCCAUCCCUACUUCUCUCUACCCCCCUCCCACGCCCCAAAAACAGACCCAAGACAGCGUCAGCACAGCAGGACCAGCUGGCUUACAAACGUCAGAGGAUGUGCGUUCACCGGCCAAGAGCCCACUGACCAAGCUUACACCUAGAGCUACGUCUAAAUUAUCUUUGCCACCCAUAGGGGACGAUGACAGUGGACUCAAUCUGGAACCUGCGUAUUCUAUUGUAGAGAUCUCAAAACAAUCGGAGCAAACUGUCAACUCGACAUCAGAAAUAAACAAUUCUCCAAACCCAUUAACUCAUCACAGCUCCCACCAAUCCCCUAAAGACACAAUUACAGAGGCCACUCUCGAAGAAGAAGAAGGGCUUGGAGCACUGGAGGAGAAUGAGGAAGAAGAUGUGGUUGUGUUAAAAUACAUUUUUGUGAUUGACUCAGCGGUUCCCAUAAGCAGAGACACUCGGGGAAAACUGUCCCACUCCUCCACCCUGUUAUCAGCCAAUCCCAAACAAGCACCCAUUGUGACAGGACAGUUUCAAAGAGAAAAGGAACAAACUCAAUCCUUUCCUGACAUACAAUCAACUGAGUUGCCGGCACAAUCAUCACCUAACGUGAAACACAUAAUCCAUCAACAUGAAGAAAACACUAAGGGUCAACUCUGGCCUGUGCCCUCUGUCCGCUACGGUGUGUUUGGUCCUGUAACACAUCAGAACCUGAAUGGAGGCCCCUGUGUGCUGGGUCUUGGCAGCUGCGUGUUCCCUACUGGCACCAACGGCACCCUCCUUCUUUGGGAGGACCUGAGCCGCACACUGGCCUUCGCCUGGGAGCUCCACGUCUAUGGCUCUGCUGGACUCUUCCUGCUGCUGUCCUGUGUGGCUGUGUUGGGAAUGGUUGGACGGUCUAAUAUGCUUCACCCCCUCUGUGAUGUACUAACCCUGGCCAAUAGGCUGUUGCUGCUGACCGGGGCUCUGCGUGCUGUCCUCCUCCUCACUGACCCGUAUGGCACAUGCCGGAUCCUGUCUCGGCCGGUCCUCACUGCCCUCUAUAAUCUGCCUCUGCUGCUGCUGCUGUGGGCACAGGUUGCCCUGGCGAUGAUUCUGCUGUCCCCAACGAUGCAGCGCCCUCGUGUGGUGGGAAGUCUGGCAGUCUUACACUGUACCCUGCUGAUGGCAGCCGACCUGCUCUCCCCAACACUGUCCCAUGCCUUUCCUUUGGUUCUACAGAGCCUCUCUCUCUGCUGGGGCCUGACUCUCUGCCUGGGCAUUCUCACUCAGUCACUCUCCCACCUGCAGCCCUUCUCCAAGACUCCCAUACACCAGUGGGGGGCCCCUCAGAGGAUUGAGGAGCGGGCAAGACGCGUAACGGCAGUGUGUGCCCUCCUGGGGGUGCUGUGCUCCGGCCUGCAGAUCUACAGCCUGCUCUGGCUCUAUGGGCUGCUGGGGGACUGGAGGCGCUUUGGCUGGGGCUGGUGGCUGGGGCAGUUCUGGGCACGGGUGCUGGAGCUGUUCUGGGGCUUCUCUAUGCUGGUGCUGGGCUCCUGGGUGUUCUGGACCCCUCGGAGGAGCCGUGCCAGGAGCGACCAUGGCCAAGGGAUGCCAGAGAGAUCAUCGUUUUGGAAAAUCCUGCGGAUAGGGCCUUUCAGGAGUUUUGAGAAAAACUGGGCAGAGCUCAUACCAAAAAACUGGGCGGGGCAGCAUCACUCGGGAGCAGACAGUGACUCCAUACGUGUCUAUGACAAUCCCCCCACCACACACAUCUUGAGGGACACCAUGUCACCAUCUCAUCACAAGGGUGGAGAACCCACUACCAGCAGCAGCGGUGAUACCCACCUACUGUGGCAGCGGGUGGGUGAGCGCGAGUGCAUCCUCUCCCUCAUAGAGUUUGACAUGCUCCCCCAGUCGCCGAUCAACCUCAGCCGCAGCAUUGACAAUGCGCUCCACCAUGACAAUGGACACCUGCUAGGGGUAGGCAGCCUCUUCACAGCCCCACCUUCUUCCACCUGGACCCACCAAGCUGGUGCUGACACUGACACCUCACUGGCGGACAGUGAGAUCACGCCACCCUCUCUCACCUCUCCCACCUCUCCCACCUCUAAUGUUGGCUGUAGGUGGGAGGUGGAGGCUGGCUCCAGGCCUGCAACUUCUGAUCAUUUCAGAGCCAACGGGCAGGCACUGCCUGAGGCAGAGCCUAAGUUAGAGCCACAGCUACAGCCGGACCCACAGCCGCAGCUACAGCCGGACCCCCAGCCACAGCUACAGCCGGACCCCCAGCCACAGCUACAGCCGGACCCCCAGCCACAGCUACAGCCGGACCCCCAGCCACAGCCGGACCCCCAGCCACAGCUACAGCCGGACCCCCAGCCACAGCCACUGGAGGCUUCUGAUAACCAGAUCCUUCAGCCAUCUCCAAACCCUGAAACACCAGGAGGAUGUUCCAGACAAUGAUAUAUACAUGUCUAUUGUUCCAAACAAGGUGAAGAAGCCAGGGGUCCCUCAGGAGGAUGACUAGUCCAGUGUGGGCUGCAGUGAUGUUACAGAGCUAUGAGCUGACCGUGACGUCAUCAUCACCUCAUCCAAAUGCCCAUGUCACUUCAUAUCAGUACAAAGGGACUUGAGUGGUUCCACAGUGAACACUUGGCCAGGGAACAGCACCACUCAUCAGAAGUUUAAUAAAGUCAUAUAUAAGAUAUAAACAUAUUCAGUGUUGUUUAUCAGCUCUCUAUGUUAAAUUCACUUACUGUACUUUAACUCGAUGUUCUCUUAAUAAAUAUUUCAGUUAAAGAAGUC